CUGUAAACAACCUACCUGUACUAAACACGAAAUCAUUUUCAAAGUUUGACUAUUCUAGAGAACAUCUCUAGUCUAAAAGCAAAUUAAAGUAAUAAAGCAAAGUUUUGCAAACAACAGACUUGAAUAAUCACUGGUCCGUAGAGCAAUUCGAGCUACGUAUAUACAAACAAUUGUGAAACCUCCAAAGUCGGUAUUCAAUCCUGAAAUUGUUUAAUGAAACAUGUUUCCUUAUGAUUCUGCGUCUCCAUCCUUGAGACAGAAUGAUAAACUUAUUAAACAAACAUACAGUUCAGACAAACCAGUUGUUAAAACCACCAGCAAUGAUCUUUCCGAUGACGAACUAAAAAAAAUAAGUGCUAUGUCUGAAAAAAUAGAGCACUUGGAAGCUGAAAACAAGGUUUUUACAGCAGAAGUCGAGGAAAAAAUAAAGAGUUAUCAAAGAGAAAUGAAAUCCUUACAAACUGAAAAGCUUGAGAUCAGUGAGCAAAAGAGGCAUAUUCGAGACAGAGUCGGAGACUUGGAGAAAGAAAUGACCAAAUUAGAUUCUGAUAUGGACGAGCAUCGAACGCUACAGACUGAAAUGCUUGCAGAGCACGCAAAUUUUCAAUCUAUUACAAACGACGUAAAUAGGUUUUUCGACCUACUAGGAUUGAAGGAUUGCCCGGCUCAUGAAGAGCUUCUUGAGGAAGAAUCUCGUCUCGAAAAAGAAUAUGACUCAAUUAACGAAGCAUUGCAACUAGCAAAGCCAAAGUCAAAAUCAUUACUUAGUAUUUUGUGUGCUGUUUCCAAUGCUUCGCUAAGUCUGCCGGUAGAUGCUAAUGCUGCAUAUUUAUAUCCGUCCUGCCUGCUGAGGCCAAAGUCGGUGACUGAUCAUGAUUCACUAACUUUAGAACCGAAAGAUUUAGAGCUGGUUGCGUUUCAUUUGAGGACACAACAGCAAAUUUUAGAGCAGCGUGCUGAACAUUUAUCCUCUAUAAACCAAUUUAUUGAACAUAUUGAAACCUAUUCAAAUAAUUUAACCUCGCAAGACAUUAAAUUCAAGCAAAGUUCAAAGGACCUCAUGGAAAAAGUCUUACUUUUAAAAGCAAAUUUAAAUAAAUCUUUGAUUCUGUUACGAGAAAAAGCCGAUCAAAAAGAGCUUUCGAUUCAAAAUAUAUCGAGAGAGAUCGAGAAGCAUUCUUCCGUUCGAAAAGUAGAGCCGAAGGUAGAAAAAUAUCGAAACGCCUUAAGAAACAUUCGGGAAGUAAGAAAUCGUGACAACCUUCCUUCAGCAAAUUAUAAAUAUAAUCAUCCUUUGGAGUCUCUGCCUAUUGCUCAAAAAUAUCAUGUCUCACAAGAGGCACUCCUUACUGAACCUGCUGUCCUAGAAUAUUUAACUCAAGUGGAUUCAUUUACAAACGAUGAGAAAGCAAUGAGAAUUAUUAGAGCUAGAUACCUUAAACUUACAGGCCGCCCUUUAAAAGAAUGGAACUACACUAGCCCAAUUUAUGGGAGACCUAUAGAAGCUGCGAGUUCAAUAAUGCAUAAUCCACGCUUUGUUUCACUCAAACAUCUUCAUGUGACUCUUCGUGACACGAAUAAUAUAGUUUGGCUUGCUGAAGUUUGGUGUGAUGAUUGCGUUAGAGGAAUCGGUCAUUCUUUGAAGAAAGGGGAAGCUAUUCAAAUCGCAGCAGAGCAAGCAGCACUUCAAUUUAAGGAUAUAACUAGCGAGGAUCUACUAGUCGUGGGUCAGCGCCAUUCCACUGUGGUACAAGAUCUAUUCCUUGGGCAUCCACUAAGCCUCUCUUCAACUAAUUAAGGACAUCGCAAACAGGAAAGUCUAUAUACUAUUACUUUUACAUUCGCUGUUUCUUACCGUCACCCCUAAUUCUAUUUAAAUAUCUAUUAAACUGCACUUUAAUCACUUUAUCAUUAUGUCUUUUUCUGUUCAAGAUCAAUUUUACAAAACGCAGGCAGAAUGCUGUUAGCUUUUAACAGCAUUUCUUCAUAUUCACCUAACGACGUACUUAAAACAGUUACGGCACCACCAGCGCCAAUUCUCCAUAGAUUGUCUUCAGUGUAUUUAAAGGCUGAUCGGAUUAUAACGUUGAAUUCCGAGGAACCGCUAACAUCCCAAUAUCCUAAUGUUCCAGAAUAUAUACCACGGCCAUGAGGCUCCAAGUCCUCAAGCAUUCGAACAGUCCUUAGCUUAGGAGCACCUGUCAUGGAUCCUGGAGGGAAGCACUUAGCUAAAACAUCCCAUGCGGUGAUAGGUUUGUCUACUUGACCGUAGAUAUGCGAUAAAAGAGAAUAAACAGUAGGAUGCUCCUCAACUUGAUAAAGUUGGGGAACUUCAACUGAAUUUUUCUUCGCCAAUUGAUGCAAAUCAUUUCGAAUAAGAUCUAUAAUCAUAUUUAACUCUGCUGUAUCCUUGGGAUUUAAUAAUUUGCUUCUUGCUUCUUCAUAGGUCAUUUGCAGAUCUUUUCUUAGAGUACCCUUGAUAGGAGAAAAAUGACAUGUUGAGUCC